AUGUUACGUCAAACCACUUCCAAUAUUGGAUAUCUUAAUAAACCAAGUAUUCAAGCUUUGAUCCAUUAUUAUUCGAUUGCUAUUAAUUAUCGAAAGAAUGAAAAUAUUGCUCAAUUUGCACAAAAAAAUUUGGAUCCAUGGAUUGACGCUACCAAACUUUAUGGAACACACUAA